AUGCUUCAAAUCUUUCGCCUGCUGCCAAUUUUGGCCCUUUCUGUCUCUGCAGUGGUAAUCCCCAACCCACCCGGACAACACGAUGUGUUUUACCACACGGCAAAAAUGGUCGACAAGACCAGGGCCGAUCCCUUUGACCCCAAGCACGGCCCGCGUGCAGUGAUGACUUCGAUAUUUGCCCCGACCGACUGCAAAGUCGACCUGAAGAAGAAACACUACCUUCCCCCCGCAACAGCCGAAUACUACUCCGAACUAUACGGCGCACUAGGACUUCCCAACGGCUCGAUCCAAUCCAUCUCGUUCCAGGCGUGCCCAGAGCCACCAAGAGGCCAUUUCCUGCAUUUCCCGGUGGUGAUAUUCUCGCCUGCUCUCGGCACGACACGUCUUUUCUACAAUGCCAUUGCGCAGGCUGUGGCCAGCGCCGGGUACAUCGUGGUCUCUCUUGACCAUCCCUAUGACACCGAGUUCUUGGAGUUCCCCGACGGAAGCAUUGUGACUGCUGCAAAUAUCAGUGACGCGCAAGUUCCACUGGAUGUCGAAACCAGAGCUCAGGAUGUGAGGUUCGUGCUGGAUCAACUGAGCACAAAGGCCGGCGUGUCAGCUCUACUCCCUGGAACAGGUGCUGCGGGUUUGAGAACUCGGCGCGUUGCAAUGUACGGUCACUCUGUCGGGGGUGCCGCCGCUGCCGCAGCCAUGCAAUUAGACCGUCGCAUUGUUGCAGGUGCGAACCUGGAUGGGUCAAUGUUUGGACCUGUGGUUCAAAAUGGGCUUCAGGGUCCAUUCCUUCUGUUCGGUCAUGAGAACAAGACCCAGGCGACUGACCCAACGUGGGCAGAGUUUUGGCCAAAUCUGCGCGGGUGGAAAUUGGAGUUGGAAGUCGCCAAAAUUCAACACUACGCUUUCUCGGACUUGCCGUACCUCAUGAAACUCCUUGGUUUGCCUGUUGACAAGGUGCCCGCCAUUCAGAAGAUGGUCGGGGCUUUGGAUGGAGCUAGGGGAUUCGAAAUUGUUCACCGCACCGUGGCUGCAUUUUUGGGUUUCGGACUUGGUCAGACAUCGCAGUGUCCGCUUCACGAGACUAUCUCAGAGUAUCCGGAGGUAUCUGUCUUUGCGCGUGGUGAAUGA